AUACAUCGCACAACAAAGUUCUGUGAAGACGAAGUAAAGCCUCGAGUCCUUUGCGCGCUUAUAUAUCUACAUGUGAGUCAGUACUUUUGCAAGCCUGUUCAGUGCCGCCAUGGCUCUAAACCAGCUGGUGGCUAAAGGGUUCCUGGUUCUUCUGGCUCUGGGUAUCUCGCAACCAGUGGCAUGUCAGCAAGUCGCAGCUCCGUCGUGUAUGAUGGAAUGGCUAGUACUGGCAUUGGGUGACUCUGAAGACCUUCAGAGAUACGAGAAUGUUAUUAAGACUACCGACCCGCCGCUGGACGAAUCGUCAGUGACACCUGAUGACGCAUUUCUCCUCGGAAACGUCUUUGGAGGUGAUGCAGUGGCUGGAAGUGACCAGCUGGCCACACAGUUCGUCAAUUGUAUAGUCCGUCGUGAGCCAAUGCGCUGUUCCUCGCGGCGUCCGUGUGGAGCGAAUGGCCAAUGCGUUGCCAUAGCAAUGGGACCUGGUGAGCAGUCGUACGCCUGCGAAUGUUCCGAUGGUUACCGAGGUGAUCGAUGCGCUGAAGCUGUUGCUCCUCCAGCGCCUCCCAUGCGAGCGCCAUCACCGGGCAAGAUUGAGGAAAUCCUCCGCAAACUUGCAUCGCUGGAGACGCAAUCUUCAGCCAUGUCGCUUACACUCCAGACACUCCAGGAGCGCAUGGAUGCAUUGGAGACUCGUGUUGACAGUCAUAGCAACGUGGCAGCUGAUCUCAAGAAGCUACAGGACAGCGUGAAGGCAGCAGAGCAAGCAUCGGCUGCCAAACAAAUCGAACAAGACACACGGCUAUCGGCAAUGGAGGAUGCAUUGCGCAGCCUGUCGUCCAAGGCACCUGCUGAAAUGGACACCGCAACUGAUGAGGCACAGCCACAUGCAACUACGGAGAGUCCAGCGGCCCCGGGUAACAACAUGCAAACGACACCAAGCCCGGCGAAUCUUCCCGGAUCCUGUCGUGAAGUGCAGCAGCGGGGUAUCACAACAUCUGGCCAACAUAGAAUACGGACAGCGGACGGACAAAGCAUCCAGGUGUAUUGCGAGAUGUCGAGACGAGGAGGUGGUUGGACAAGGAUUGGCAACAUCGAUGUGGAGGAUCAUGGAAGUUGUCCAGGAUCCUUGGUGCGGAGUAGGCAUAGCAGAGCCAUGUGCGGCAGACCCUCGGACAGCACUGGCGGCUGUUCGCUAGCUCGAUUUUCAGCCAAUUUCGGAUCGUACACGGAGGUGAUGGGCUUCGUGACUGGAUACAGGAAAGGAGCAGUUGACGCGUUUUCUGGAAGUCGGUAUGACCCCAUCACGGGGCCAUAUUUGGAUGGUGUAUCUAUUACGUAUGGCGUUCUAGGAGGCGAUAGCCAUCAGGAGCGUGUCCAUCAUCUUUGGUCCUACGCCGCCGGUUUCGCCCCUACCUACCGUAGUUAUGCCCAAUACAUGUGCCCGUGUAGUCACGGGUCGACUGGCCCUCUUCCAGACUACGUGCAAGGUCAUUGGUACUGCACUGACUACGGCGUUCACUGGCAGCCAUGGCAAUUCCGCCCGCGAAACCACCUCUGGUCCGCCAGUGGAUCUUGCCAUCGCCCGAGCCAGUGUUGUCCUGGUAACGACGAGAGACCCUGGUUCUAUCGCAACCUCUCCUCGCCGGUGCAGAGCGAGAUACAGCUGAGGCUCUGUCUGGAUGAGCUGCCGGACAAUGAAGAUAUUGUGAUAGAUCGUGCCGCCAUUUUCGUACGCUAGGUCAGCCCGUGCGUGCUGCACACAAAAGGUUUCUUUCUUUACUAAAUCUUUAGAAUUAUACAAUGUUAUCCUGCUGUUUUUGAGACUCGUAUAUCGGAUCUCUUCUCUUUCUUGUGGCACGCUUCGUUUAAUACUAGUAGUGCAAUCAUAACGAAUGCCUGUGUGUGAA